AAAUAUCGUCAUCAUAGCAGUGGAGUUCACUUUACAAAACCAAUUCAUUAAACUGCGAUUUAGGGUUUCCUGUUUUUCACAAUGAGUUCCUUCAAUGUAUUUUGUAGAUGGAUUAUAUUUCUUUCUGCAAUUUGGCUGCCAUCAAUGGCUUUCAAAUAUGCAAACUGUCCGGGACCAAUGACAGUAAACACAACAUCAGAGAGCGACACUGCUAAGGUGUCAUGGAGCCACCCAUACUUACUGGAAGUAGGACAAGAUGGCUCAGUAUCACAAACCGUUAGCCAUAAUCCUGGUGAAGCAUUUCCAAUCGGUUUAACUCGAGUUAACUAUCUAGCGAUUAACACAACGGAUUACAGAGAUCUCAAAGUGUGUUCAUUUGUUAUUACUGUUAAGGAUCCUUUUCCUCCGACCUUCCAAUCAUGUCCGACUAACGUCACAUCUCAGUUAGAGAGCAAUCAAACUCACAUGGAAGUCACGUGGGAAGCUCCUCUUGCUACUGACAACUCCAAAUAUGUUCAAAUCUUAGCCACUCACAAACCAGGAGAUGAUUACAUAGCGGGUUCAGUCACUGUCACCUACACUGCUAGGGACAUGACAGGAAACGUAGCGCAUUGUACAUUCCCUGUCAUCGUCAUUCCGGCGACUACGACCGCUGCACCAACGACAGCGACAACGACUGAGGAAGUUACGACAGGAAAAUCAAGCACAUCGACGUCCCAUGGAGCUCCGACUCUGUUUCCAAUGUCUCAUGUAGACUGGAAGGUCUGGACUACACGAGGACUCAUUUGGGUGUCUGUACUGUGCGCCAUGACUUUACUCAUUAUUGCAGUAUUUGUCUGUCGUAAGUAUUACGUCAUACGACGCCUCAAAAAGAACCGUAGCAAGGAAGAUGACUCUGCCGGGAUAUAUCCAUCCUCAGCCGGGGAGGAGUAUGAUAUGUGGGAGGAUCCGCCCGACAGCCCGGCGUUCCAAGUCGGGCCAAGAGGGGACGGGAGGAAACCCAACAAAGCUGAGGUUUUGCCUCUGCUGUUUGCUGCUAGUGAUGCCUCGAUUCGUGAUCAAAACAUGUAAAAUAAAACACAAGUAAUAAUCUAAGGAACGUAGCCUUGGAUUGAGCGUUUGUUGUGUAACAAAUAUUGUUCGAAAGAUUUUUCAAAUUAAAAAAUAAUGAUUAAGCCCUCGAAAUUGUGUGGUUUUUCGUGAACUUUGUGGCGUGUGGUGGCCGAACGGUUCCUAGGUCACGGGACCAAGCUCUGGUGUUAUCAGCAGCAGCAGAGUGUGGGUUUGAAUUCCUAUCAUGACACAUGUACCUGAGCAAGACACUUGACCGUAAACAAGCCUACAUACUCUACCAGCCGCAGGCUCCUAGUGGUGAUACCCAUGCCUAAAUCCUAAUACACUGACUAUUAAACCACAGUGGCCGUCCGGCCUUGUGAUAGGCGAUAUCUCAUUACAAAAAAAGAUAUUUAUAUAAAAACCGGUCCCCCAUUUUGUGGCGUCAAACCUGGUUCUACAAAAUGGAGGACGGCAUUUUAGUUCACGAAGUAAAAGGUGUACUAAACAAUUUGUAGGGAUGAAUCUUUUCAACCACAUUCAUUUCAUAGCAUGCAACGCCACUUAUAGAUCUUCUUGACUCCUGGUAACCUUACCCGGCUCAUUGUCUUCCAGUCUUUUAUUCUGAUUAGUUUGAUACUUUCUGUAUAUAGUCGCCAUGGCCUUUAUGUGCUCGCGGUGCGGGCUUUUUUUAAACAUUCAUAAAUACCUUUCGCUAUUCCUAUUGGUGGAGAGCGUGUCACGUGGGUGUGUAUA